AUGUAUUCCAGAGAUAUUCUCCCAACUUUGGCCAUUGCCACUGGUGCCUUGGCUCAAGAAACAAUAUAUACCUACACCGCCGACACAAUCACCACAUUGGACUUGUACAAUGUUAGCAAUACCUCACCAUUUCAAGUCUACAAUGAAUCUUUCACUUCAAUUCUUGGAGACGCGCCAGCUAUUAGCAAUAUCCUAAAUUCUUCUUUCCCUCAAUUCCAUGAAGCCGCCAUCUUUUUCGAUGAAUCAACUCUUUUCGUCACGAGUAACCAAUAUGCCUCAAAUACCAGUUCUGCUGCCACUAACAACAAGGCCAUUUCCAUCACCCGUUUAGAUAAAUCCGGUGAUUCAUGGUCCGCUACCAUUAUUGAACCAGAAGGAACCCUCACCCUCGCAAACGGAGGAGCAAAAUACAACGAUGGUCUCGUAAUCUGCGACCAAGGAUCCAUGACCGCACCCGGUGGUCUUGUUUUCAUGAAUGCUACAGCUCCAUAUACUGCCACAACCCUCAUCAACAACUACUACGGCGUUGAAUUUAACUCACCCAAUGAUGUCCACGUGACAAGCGACGGAGCCCUAUGGUUCACAGAUCCAUCAUACGGUUCAUGGCAAGGAAUCCGUCCUCAACCCUUACUUCCACCUCAAGUCUACCGCUACAUGCCAGGUACAAAUGACAUCCGUGUGGUUGCAGAUGGCAUCCAAGAACCAAAUGGUAUCACAUUUAGUCCUGAUGAGAAAACCGCUUACAUUACCGACGGAGCCGGAAAUGCCACUGCCCCUACUGCCCCAAGAGCUAUUUACGCAUACGAUGUUAUAACUCGAGGAGGUGAACCAGCUCUUGCCAACAAGAGAAUCUUCGCCGUACCACAGUCUGGUCUUCCAGAUGGAAUCAAAACUGAUGAGGCAGGAAAUGUAUAUGCAGGAUGUGGAGAUGGAGUCAAUGUCUGGAACGAGGGAGGUGUUUUGCUCGGCAAAAUUGCAGUAGCUGGUGGUUCCGCGAACUUUAUCCUCGGAAAUGAGGGAGAUAAAAUGCAAGUGUGGUUAUUGAACGAGAAGAAACUUUGGCAAGCCAGUUUGGGUUUGUUUAACGGUGUGGAUGGUAUUGAUUCCGCGAUGAAUGGUACAGUUAGGAGAUAA